AUGAAGGCCGUCGCUGUCGUUGCAUGCAGUGUCUUGAUUUUGGCUGCCGCUCAAAGUGCUGAAGCCGCAUUGCCAACGUUCACCUACAGUUUGACUCAAAAGUCCCUCGGUGACAGGACUCAGAUCUGUCAACUUAACAUGGGCUUCUGUUCGACGAAUUGUGGAGGACCCGAUAAGGCUCCAAAGAACUUCUGUAAUGUCACCACUAUGGGUUGGGGAUGCGGUUGCAGUACCAAAGUCCCUGAUUUUCAAGGUUGGCAGUGGCCUCUUAAUCAGCAAGAUUGUUUCGGUCGCGGUGAGCCUGCGCCGCCGCCGAUGCGUCAUGCCUCAAUGACUGUACCACAACCUACUCUUCCAAGCACAUGUGCCACAGACCAACAACCCCCAGCAUAUUAUAACGUGGAUAACGUAGAUGAUAUUCCCACCUAUGGUCCCCCGUCUCCAAAUUCCAAUAGCAGUUCUAACGGCACUGCUAGUGGCGGCAGCAGCAGCGGUAACUCUUCGACCACCGGUGGUUCGAAAUCCUCAUCAUCAACCAAUUAUGCCUAUUCGCUUGGAUCAAUGUUGUCUGCUCUUGUCGUUGCUGGUGGAAUGAUGAUACUUUAA